UUCAUUGCAACACAAAUAAAACUUGGUAUCAACACUUGAGUGUGUGAAUUAGCAAAACAAAAGGUUCCCAAAAGAGAUAGAUGUCAAGUUGUCUACACUCAAAGUAUAUAUUCUAUAGCCAACACCUGAUAUAAAACCAACCCAACUCUUAUCAACCUUUGCAUUAAUCAUUCUUGAAUAGAAAGAAUCAAAAAGAAAGAAUGGAGUGGUUCUAUCCUAAAAGAAGGGGUCCUGAUUGGAAACAGGGUUGGGCUGGCCAGACCAUGAAUUCCAUUUCUACACCACCACCUUCAUUACUAACCAUUUUUGGAAUUGUUAUUCUCCUGCUGUGGCUAUCUCAGUAUACAGGAUAUAAGGCUCAAUUGCGCCACUCAGCAAUCAAUUUUCAGCUGUUUAUUUUCUUGUUGCCUAUUCUAUUAAUAUUGUUGUUGGCUUGCUCCUCUACCAACUGGAUGCUUUAUUUUCGACACCGGCAACCACAGCCUGAUUCAGCUCGGCCGGACAGCGGCUCUUCCCCUUGGGGUUUCACUUUAGAAAGCUUAGACAUUGGAACCCAUGACGGUGUCUUCUGCAAUGGUGCUAUUCAUUGGUAUACUGAUUUUGGCCCGUCUUUUUAUUUCGAUGUUGAUAAAGAACAAGUCAAAGAAAUGGCAAUGCCUGCAACUCCAGAGGAAUGGUAUCGGAGGAGGGUGCUUUAUUUUCGAGAGUGUAGAGGACAUUUAUAUCUGGUUGAGAUUUAUAAUGCUCCCUCUACAAAAUUUAAUGUGUGGGAAAUGGAGAAAGACUACUCUGGAUGGAUUGUUAAGUACAGGAUUGAUCUUGAUGGAAUUGUAAGAGCAUUUCCAGGGAUGAUUAGAAGCUAUCUUGAUCCAUCAGCUUUGAAUUAUUAUGUGUUUCAAAUAAUGUAUAUUGUUAAGGGAGAAAGAGAUGAAGAUGAAGAAGAUGAUGGAUCCUAUUUGGUUCUGCACAUUCCUACAAAAAUCAUAAGGUAUAAUUUGAAGGAUAAGAGUUUUAAGAAGCUUUGUGAUUUUAAUCCAUAUGAACAGGAGGACGCGUCCUAUAUGAUACAUUAUGGUGCCUAUGAAUAUAUUCAGAGCCUUGCUUGUGUUUGAUCAUGUACUUCAUGUUUUUUCUUCAAUCAAAAAUUAUAUAUAUGAUGAUCAAGAGUUGAAUCACAUUUGAAA